AUGGGCGCACGAACACCAAAAGAACCGGUAAAGUCAAUGGUAGAACCCGUAUGUCACGUACCAUACAUUCAGCAUACAUAUGAUCCACCAAAAUGUCAAAACCAAAGCUCAUGUAUCGAUGCAGUCAAAUGGGUUCAAGACUUUCAUAUGGAUACACGCGGUUGGGAUGACAUCGGAUAUAAUUAUUUGCUCGGAGGAGACGGACGUAUAUAUGUAGGCAGAGUGAUGCUAGAUUUGGCUCAAAAGAGGGUUAAGUGUGCCAUCGAAAUGGGUGUUAUCACACAUGACUACAAUUGCACGGACAUAGAGACCAAACAUAUAAAUAUGUGGCUAUUUUUAUUUGUUUUAACUUUAUUAAAAAGUUACACAUUAGCAUCAAUAUGCGAUGAGAUAACGUGGGUAUCACGUGCUGAAUGGGGCGCCCGAACACCAAAAGAACCGGCAAAACCAAUGGUGACACCAGUUCUUCACGCAUUCAUUCAUCAUACGGACGAUCCACCAAAAUGUCAAAACCAAAGCUCAUGUAUCGAUGCAGUCAAAUGGGUUCAAGACUUUCAUAUGGAUACACGCGGUUGGGAUGACAUCGGAUAUAAUUAUUUGCUCGGAGGAGACGGACGUAUAUAUGUAGGCAGAGGUUGGUAUGCAUGCGGUCGACAUACACUCGGAAUGAAUGAUAAGGCAAUUGCUCUGUCAUUGAUCGGUAACUAUGAAAGUGAUGCGCCGUCACAACUGAUUCUAGAUUUGGCUCAAAAAUGGGUUAAAUGUGCCCUCGAAAAGGGUGUUAUCACACAUGACUACCAAUUGCACGGACAUAGAGACCAAACAUGCACUACAUGUCCCGGUCAACGAUUGUAUGACAUAAUCAAGAAAUGGCAUAAUUUUAAAGGAGGAAAGUUAGAUACAUAUGUAUGCAAUAAAACAUUAACUACUAUUAGUCCUUCUUUAGAUAUUGAUUAUGAUAUUGAAUUUUAAUAUUUAAUAUAAUAUUUAGUU